CAUAUCAGAUAUAACAAACGCGGCAGUGCUAAUGCGUGUACAUAAAUUAUUUGAUUAAUAGUAUAAUAGUUUGAAAUUGAACAAAAACUUAAAAAAAUAAAAUGUUUUCUUUAUUGAAAUUGAUGAUAAUAAUUUUACUAAAUGAAACGUACGCGCAUAUAACAUAUGAUAUCGAAACAAUAUUACUGCCGGCAUCGAACCUGACAGGCGCAAAGGAGAUAUCAAUAACACUAAAAGUUUUCGGAAAAUUAAUUCAACUACAUCUGCGCAGAAGUGAUAAAAUUGUAUCGCCUGCGUUCAAAGAAUGGAAAUAUAAUGUGAAAGGCGUUACAGAGAAAUUGUUUGAAUUAAACGUAUCAAGUCAUUGCUUUUAUUAUCAUGAAGAUCAUAUCAGCUCUGCGGCCAUCAACUUUUGUCAUCAACAUGGAUUGAAAGGACUCGUUUUUAUGGAAAAUGACACAUUGGAGAUUUGGCCUUUGCGGAACGAGUUUACGCCUAUCUGCUUGAUCGACAAUUUUAGAAGACAAACAAAUCUUUCAUUUGGCAAACUUUAUGCUAUCAAACGAUCACUGCAAUAUCUUGCUGAUUUAAAUCUUUACUACUGGGACAUGUUUAAACUGAAGCGACGUCAUGUACGCAAUGCGCAACAAAAUUUAACCAUGGAACUUGCUGUUUUCAUCGACGAAGCAGCAUAUCAUAUGUGCAUGUUUAUUCAGGACAAUGAUGAGGAUAAGUUACGCAAUAUUAUAGUAGUGUAUGUGAACCGCAUCCAGGCUGCCUUUAAUCGUCCGAAUUUGAAUGUUUUUAUCAAUAUUACGUUAUUAAGUUUAAAUAUUCUGAGAAAACAGACGUUAAAUUUGUUAUUUUCGAACAACGAGGCUGGCCAACGGCUCGAUUCGUUCUGCAAAUAUGCGAAUUCUCUCAAUCCUACGAACGAUGAUGAUCCGAAUCAUUGGGACAUAAGCCUUUAUCUAACCGGAGUAGAUCUUUAUGCAGAUAUGCUAGUACAACAUGAAGGGCAUUACAGAGAUGAAAAGAAUUUUGAGAUUACGGGAUGUUCUAACUACGAAGGCGUAUGCGAUCCGCUUCUCUCAUGCGCGAUAGCAGAAUUCCGUGACAAAUCUGAAGUCGAAUCCUCUCUUAAUGCGAUUCAGAAGAUCGGUGAUCUCUUAGGAUUAAAACAAGAGCAAAGUUCUAGCGAUUCGCAAAUGAACAUAACAUGGUCCGAGUAUAGUCGUGAAAAAUCUAAAAAAUUUUGGGAAAGAAAAACGUGUCUUAGAGAUCAAGCAAAAACAAUGAUCUCUAAAAAGAAAAACGUCAAUAGUACGGGAAAAAAUUUAACUAUAGAACUUGCUGUUUUCUUUGACGAAGCAGCAUAUUAUUUGUGCAUGCGUAUUCCAACCAAUUAUGAAGAUAAGUUUCGCAAUAUGAUAUUAGCGUAUGUGAAUCGCAUCCAGGCUGCCUUUAAUCGUCCGAAUUUGAAUGUUUCUGUCAAUAUUACAUUAUUAAGUUUGAAUUUUCUGAGAAAACAGAAGUUAAAUUUGCCAUUUUUGAACAACGAGGCAGUUCAAGUGCUCGAUUCGUUCUGCAAAUAUGCAAAUUCUCUCAAUCCUACGAACGAUGAUGAUCCGAAUCACUGGGACAUAAGUCUUUAUCUAACCGGAGUUGAUCUUUAUGCAGAUAUGCUAGUACAACAUGAAGGGCAUUACAGAGAUGAAAAGAAUUUUGAGAUUACGGGAUGUUCUAACGACGAAGGCGUAUGCGAUCCGCUUCUCUCAUGCGCGAUAGUAGAAUUCCGUAACCAAUCUGAAGUCGAAUACUCUUUUACUGCUAUUGAGAAGAUCGGUCAACUUUUAGGAUUAAAACAAGAGCCAAGAUCUAGCGAUUCGCAAAUGAACAUAACAUGGUCGGAGUAUAGUCGUGAAAAAUCUAAAAAACUUUGGGAAAGAAAAACGUGUCUUAGAGAUCAAGCAAAAACAAUUUCUAAAACGGAAAACAUCGAUAAUGAUAAAACACAAUAAAAUUUAAUCAUGGAACUUGCCGGUUUCGUCGACGAAUCAGCAUAUUAUACAUCCUUGUUUCUUGUGGAACACAAUAACGACAAGUUACACAAUAUGACAUUAGCGUAUGUGAAUUGUAUCCAGGUUGCCUUUAAUCGUCUGAGUUUUAAUGUUUUUAUCAAUAUCAUGUUAAUAAGCGUGAAUAUUCUGAAAAAACAGCCGCAAAAUUUGCCAUUUUCUAACGGCGAUACUGUUCAACUGCUCUCUUCAUUCUACACAAACGCAAAUUCUCUAUAUUCCCCGGACGAUAAUGAUCCGCGUUACUGGGAUAUUGCCCUUUUCUUGACCAGAGUAAAAUUUUAUGCAGAUAUUCUAGUAAAACAUAAAGCACAUUACAGAGAUGAGAAGAUUUUUGAGAAUACGGGAAAUGCUUACUACGAUGACGCAUGCGAUCCGCUUUUCUUUUGCGCAAUAGUAGAAUUCCGCAAACCAUUUAAAAUCAUAUCACCUGUUGAUGCUGUUUAUGAAAUCAGCAGUCUUUUAGGAUUAACAAAAGAGCGAAGUCUUAGCGAUUUGAAAAGGAAUAUAACAUGAACCGAGGAUAGUUGUAACAAAAUAAAAAACCUCUAGAAAGGAAAAAUAUGUUUUGGAGAUCAAGCAAAAACGAUGGUCUCUAAAAAGGAAAACAUCAAUAAUGAUAAUACGCGAAAAAAUUUAACCAUGGAACUUGCCGUUUUCUUCGACGAACCAGCAUAUCAUAUGUACAUGCCUGUUCUGAACAAUAAUGAGAAAGAGUUACGCAAUAUGAUACUAGCAUACGUAAACCAAAUUCAAGCUAUGUAUCGUCACUUAAGUUUCGGAGCUUUUGUUAAUGUUUCGUUAGUACGAUUGGUAAUAAUGGAUGAACAGCCGUCAAAUUUGCCAGUUUUCGACGGUGACAGUGAUAAACUGCUCAAUUUGUCCUGCGAAUACGCAACGACUUAUAUUCGCACUGGGACAUUGGCCUUUACAUAACCGAAAUAGGUCUUUAUGAGAUGAUAAACGAACAAAAGUAUUAUGUUACCUUGGGAAGGUCUUACGUCAAUUUAUCUUGUAGAAACCAGAUUUUUUCGUGCAGUAUAGUAGAAUUCGGUACUAUACGUAGAACGCAUUCUCGGGUGGUUUGCAACGUCUCAUGCUGCUGCUCAUGAUAUUGCCCAUGUAUAAGUUUAUGUAUAUUACUUUUACCGACAAAUUAAGUACAUAAAAUUUAUUAAAAGAAUUUUCUUACUUGUGCAAUUGAAGGAUAAAAACUGCUCAGAAAUUAAAAAAUUUAAUUUUUUAAAGUGUAAAACUCUCUUCUUAAAAACUACAAAGUAUAUAAAAAUAUUGCAAAUAAUGUAGUUUUUAAAAACUAAUAACUUAUUUGUUCAAAAAAGUAGAAAUGGAUCAUGAUAAUGGCUUUAUCUAUUCGACGUCAGAAAGCCAAAUGCAUAUGGCAGAUAAGCAAUACUAUCGUGGCCAGGUAACAUGGUCCGAAUGUAGUUGUAAUGUUACUAAAAAACUCUGUAAAACAAAACAGUGCCUUCUCGAUCAUUCAAGACAAAAAAAUCUCGAAGAUGCAUUAAACCAUUCGCGUUAUCAUGAUAUACCCGGAAAAGAAUGGAUUGCCAAAGCGCAAUGUAAAUUAUUUUUACGCGACAAAGAUGCAAACGAAGUAACGUUGCAUGAUAUAUUCAAGUCUUACAUUGCGAAACGUCUCACAAGAAUAAGAAUUUCUUCGUGGGACCUGCGUUGGAUGGAAUGUCUUCUUUUCAAAUUAAGUACUGCAGUUUUUAAUUUAUUGAAUUUUUUUCAAAAACUCAUUGUGCACUCGGGAAAGAAUGUCGCGGCAGAGAAUGCGUGGCGGUUAUCGAACCACCAUACAUUUUUUCGUAUUGUGAAGACGAUAAUUAGAGUGAAUGAAAAGAAGACUCCUGUAAAAGCGAUUGCUUAACGGAAUCCAAAGGCGUGAUAAUCAAACGACGUUUUUGCAAACAUGGUACUAAGAAAACGGCUAGUUGUAAUGGGCCAUAUUACGACGUGGUUCUGUGCAAUGACUUCAGACUUUGCACUGAAGGAUGCUAUACGAUUACCAAAUAAACUGUUCUAAAAUGCACUAAACUCAUUCUAAAAAUGAAAAAAAAGGCAAAAAAUAUUUAAUAAUAAUAAGUACGAACUGGUAAAUGAGCAAGGAAGGCAGGCCUCCCAUGUCGUCGAGGAACCGUGGAGAGCCUGUACCAUACACUGCCUAUGAGAAGAAAAAAUAUCUGCUAAAUACAAUCUAUUGUUUUUCUAUGCACCACGCCAGGACAUGCUCGACUUAAAUAUCAAUCCAUACUUUCCAGAUGGAACGUGGUGUCACGAGAAAAAUGGCCAGGAUUAUUAUUGCCGCCAGUAUUAUUGUCUGCCGGAAAACUACUCAAUCAAAGAAUAAUUACCGAUAGCUUCUCGACAUGUGUUGGCAAGAAUCUAAAAUAAAUCAAAACUGCAAAAUAAGCAUAAGUCAAUUUAAAAUUGUUUAAAAUUUGUUCAUUAUGAAACCUAAAAUCCGUUGAAUUAUCGUCGUUACUUUAUAUUUUAAGCAAUAAAUCCAAUUUUUGCUAGCAAAAAAUAAAUUUAUAUGCUGAAAA